AUGGGCGGCCGCGGCGUCCCUCUGUGUGCGGCGCAGCCCGCGGUGGCCGAGGGCGGUCCGGCCCGUGAGGCGCUGCCGCUGCUGGAGGUGUACGCCCGCAAGGGGCUGCCCGCCAGGCCAGACCAGGACCCAUGCGGCAGCCGCCCUGCGCCGGAGGGCGCCGGGGCCAGCGCAGAGCAGGGCCACUCGUCCGGCGGAGGCGGCUGGUGCCGCCACUGCCACACGAAGCUCGUGGAGCUCAAGCGACAGGCGUGGAAGUUGGUCAGCGGGCCCGGGACGCCCCUCCGGGAUCCUUGCCUCUCUGCUCUGCUUCUGGACAAGCUGCCAGCAUGCCGUCCGGAAGCCGAGAGCCGCUGUGACGUCUGUGCCACGCACCUGCACCAGCUCACACAGGAGGCCCUGCGCCUGCUUCAGGCCCCUGCCAGCCACGAGGAUCCCGAUGCUCCCCACGGAAGUCCUGGCCUUGCAUCCUCCAGCCCUGGUGCCAUGACCAGCCUGAGGGAUGCUCCAGGGCCGGUGGGCCCUGCAGGGCAGCAGCUGGGCCGAGCAGGGCCAGAUGGGAGGAAGGGUCUGGCCUGGCCACCCGGGCCCAGUGUCCAGGUUUCAGUGGCACCUGCUGGUCUUGGUGGGGCGCUGAGCACGGUCACCAUCCAGGCCCAGCAGUGCCUGGAGGGCAUGUGGAGCGUCUCCAGGGUCAACAGCUUCCUGCCUCCGGCUUGUCUGGCCGAGGCAGCAGUGGCUGCUGUGGCGGUGGCAGACACGGUCCGAGAUGGCCCUCCCAUGGUGGGCCCUGGUGUUGUGUCAAAGGCGUGGGGCCGAGGUGGGGCCUGCACAUCUGCCCUGGUCACCCCCUCCCCAGGCUCCUCAGCUGGGGUCCCCACAGGCUCCUCUGCUGCAGCCUCCUUCUUCAUAAGGGCCGCCCAGAAGCUCAGCCUGGCCUCCAAGCGCAAGAAGCCCUGCCCACCGCCGGCCCCUGCCAACCGGGGAACCUCCACCUACCCCACUGACUUCAGCGGGGUCCUGCAGCUGUGGCCACCCCCAGCGCCCCCCUGCCUGCUCAGGGCCGCCUCCAAGGCCAAGGACAACCCCGGCAGCAUUGGAAAGGUGAAGGUCAUGCUGCGGAUCUGGCCGGCUCAGGGGGCCCAACGCUCGGCCGAGUCCACGUCCUUCCUGAAGGUGGACCCUCGGAAGAAGCAGGUGACCCUGUACGAUCCGGCUGCCGGGCCUCCAGGCAGCACAGGCCUCCGGCGCGCUGCCACCGCUACAGUCCCUAAGAUGUUCGCCUUCGACGCCGUCUUCCCCCAGGACUCUGAGCAGGCUGAAGUCUGCUCAGGGGCCGUGGCUGAUGUGCUCCAGUCUGUGGUCAGUGGGGCUGAUGGCUGCAUUUUCUCCUUCGGCCACAUGAGCCUUGGCAAAUCAUACACCAUGAUUGGGAAGGACAGCUCGCCCCAGAGCCUGGGCGUUGUGCCCUGCGCCAUCUCCUGGCUCUUCAGGCUUAUCGAUGAGCGCAAGGAGAGGAUGGGCACCCGCUUCUCCGUCCGUGUCUCGGCCGUGGAGGUGUGUGGCCGGGACCAGAACCUGCGAGACCUGCUGGCUGAGGUGGCUUCUGGCAGCCUCCAGGAUGCGCAGUCCCCGGGCGUGUACCUGCGGGAGGACCCCGCGUGUGGGACGCAGCUCCAGAACCAGAGCGAGCUGCGCGCGCCCACAGCGGAGAAAGCAGCCUUCUACCUGGACGCGGCCCUGGCUGCCCGCAGCACCGGCCGUGUGGGCUGCAGUGAGGACGCGAGGCGCAGCUCGCACAUGCUCUUCACGCUGCACGUCUACCAGUACCGCAUGGAGAAGUGUGGCAAGGGAGGAAUGUCCGGAGGCCGCAGCCGCCUGCACCUCAUUGACCUGGGCAGCUGCGAGGCGGCACCUGGCAGAGGCGGGGAGGCCGCAGGGGGACCCCUGUGUCUGUCCCUAUCGGCCCUGGGCAGUGUGAUCUUGGCCCUGGUCAAUGGAGCCAAGCACGUGCCUUACAGGGACCACAGGCUCACCAUGCUGCUGCGGGAGUCCCUGGCCACCAGCAGCUGCCGCACCACCAUGAUCGCCCACGUCUCAGAUGCUCCAGCCCACCAUGCUGAGACGCUCAGCACUGUGCAGCUCGCCGCCCGCAUCCACCGCCUGCGCAGGAAGAAGGCCAAGUACGCGUCCAGCUCCUCCGGCGGGGAGAGCUCCUGCGAGGAGGGCCGGGCCCGCCGUAGCCCGCAUCUGCGACCCUUCCACCCGCGCACUGUGGCCCUGGACCCCGACGGCCCAGCUCCCGGCCUGUCCGGCGACCCAGACUACUCGUCUAGCAGCGAGCAGUCCUGCGACACGGUCAUCUACGUGGGGCCUGGCGGGGCGGCGCUGUCAGACCAUGAGCUCACAGACAACGAGGGCCCACCUGACUUCGUGCCCAUCAUCCCCGCCCUGAGCCGCCGCCGGCCCUCCCAGGGCGCACGUGACGCUGACCACUUCCGCUGCAGCACCUUUGCAGAGCUGCAGGAGCGGCUGGAGUGCAUCGAUGGCAGUGAGGGCUCCUCGGGACUCCCGGGUGCCACCAAGGGAGCCCAGGCCAGCCCCGCCCGAGGCAGCAGGAAGUUCUCGCCGCCAGAGGCUGCGUCCUCCAGGAGGGCUAUGGGCUCCCCGAUGGCUGCCAGCACUCCUCGGGGCAGCCCUGGCCCAGACACCUACCAGGGUGUCCCUGAGCCCUCCAAGGCUGGCACCUGGGGUGACCAGACAGAGGAUGGCAGCACCCAGUCUGAACUGUCUGCCCUGGACAAGGCCACAGAGGGCAGAGGCAGGAGGCCGCUGCCUAGCCCGGCUCCUCCACCUCCUCAGCAGCUAGAAGCUCACAGAGCCCCAGAGGAGCUUGGGGGAGGGGGCGCCGACAGCGUGGUACGGACACCCCCUGUGGGCAUGAGCGGCCAGGCUGGCCAGUCCCCGCUGCUCCCAGAUGUCACCUGCCCCCACCCAUCUGCUCAUGGCUGCCAUCUGGAGCGAGGCCUGCUGACCACCACGGUGACCCUGCAGCAGCCUGUGGAGCUAAACGGCGAGGACGAGCUGGUGUUCACAGUGGUGGAGGAGCUGUCCCUGGGUGGGCUUGCCAGCGCCGGGCGUCCCACCAGCCUGGCCAGCUUCAGCAGUGAUUGCUCCCUGCAGGCGCUGGCCUCGGGCUCAAGGCCCGUCAGCAUCAUCAGCAGCAUCAACGAUGAGUUUGAUGCCUACACCUCGCAGGGGCCUGAGGGCCUGGGUGGCUCCUCCGUCAGCUCCUGGCUCAGUGAGGGCAGUGUCUGUAGUGCUGACAGCUGUGGCCCCCCGUCCCGGCCCCCCUUCAGCCCUGACUCCCUGGCGGGGCCCGAUCCCCCAGGACCCCCAGCCCUGGACAGCUCCCUGGAGGACGGCAGCCUUGGGUUCUCAGAGCAGGGCAGACCUGACAGUCCCAGCCCAGCUGCAGCCCUGACCCGACCUGGCAGGCAGCCCCAGGCUGGGGCCCUGCGGGGGACAGCCCCAGCACAGACCAUCCACUCCAGCCUGCCCCGGAAACCCAGGACUACCUCGGCGGCCAGUCGCACAGGCUGUGCCUGUCCAGGCCAGAGUCUGCAGGGUGCUAGAGCCCUGUUUGAGGACCCGUGGCUGCUGCGGGCAGAGGAACGUGAUGUGCUCCAGGCGGCCUCUGCCUGCAGGGUCCCCAGCCCAACCCUGGGCUCCCCCCGGCUGCCUGAGGCCCAGGCGAUACCGGCUUGUGCACAGAGGGUGGUGGACGGCUGUGAGGUGGCAUCCAGGGUGGCCCACAGACCAGAGGCUGUGGCCCGGAUCCCACCCCUGCGGAGGGGCGCCACCACGCUGGGCGUGACCACUCCCACUGUGUCCUGUGGAGACAACCCGCCUGAGGCAGCAGCCUGCUCCAGCAGCCUGAAGGCCUCCCCGAACAGCAAGAACAGUGUGGCUCCCAAGGGGAGCUUCUUUCUGAGGCCCAGUGGGGUGGCCCCUCCAGCCCCACCUGUGCGAAAGUCCAGCUUGGAGCACAAGAACAGCCCAGGCCUGGCCGCUACCCAGGCCGUGGGCCUGACCCGGGCCGGGGCUGCUGCUGUCUUCCGAGGGGAGGGGGAGGCCAGGCCCAGCAGCCGGGCUGACCACUCUGUUCCUAGGGCCACAUCCAGUCUGAAGGCCCGGGCCUGCAAAGUGGAGGCUGCACACCGUCCUGCUGGCCAUGCGUCUCUGGAGCGCUAUGAGGGCCUGGCGCAUGGCAGCGGCAAGAUCAGGGAGGCUCCUGGGCGGCCGGCCCGGGCUGUGCCCAGAUUGGGUGUGCCACCUGCCAGCCCCACGCCCGGGUCAGCUCCUGCUUGUAGGGGAAGCCCGGCCAAGGGUGUGGGAGUCCCCAAGCCCCCAGCUGGUGGGGCAAAGGGCCGUAGUCUUGCAGCCAGCGGGUCGCGGGCUCUGGGUGCUUCGGUGAAGCCGCUGGCUCCUGUGGCGGGCAGGACCCCAGGUGGCCCUGUGAUGGGUCCCAGGGCAGCCCCACGGGCUGGGCCUGGCAUUGGGGUCAAGGCCGGCCGGGGCACCAUCAUGGGCACCAAGCAGGCACUCCGGGCUGCCCACAGCCGCGUUAAUGAGCUGGUGGCCAGUGGAGCCCCCGGCAGAGGCGGCCCCUCGUGGGGCUCAGCCGACUCGGACAGUGGCAAUGACAGUGGUGUGAACGUAGGCGAGGAGCGGCCACCCAUGGGCCCAGCCCUGCCCUCGCCCUACAGCAAGGUGACGGCGCCACGGCGGCCCCAGCGCUACAGCAGCGGCCACGGCAGUGACAACAGUAGCGUGCUGAGCGGAGAGCUCCCGCCGGCGAUGGGUCGCACCGCUCUGUUCUAUCAUAGUGGUGGCAGCAGUGGCUACGAGAGCAUGAUACGCGACAGCGAGGCCACCGGCAGCGCCUCCUCCGCCCCCGACUCCACCAGCGAGAGUGGGGCCGCCUCUCCGGGUGCCCGCUCCCGCAGCCUCAAGUCCCCCAAGAAGAGGGCCACAGGUCUGCAGCGGCGGCGGCUGAUCCCGGCCCCGCUGCCCGAUGCUGCUGUCCUGGGCCGCAAGCCCAGCCUCCCCGGGCAGUGGGUGGACCUGCCUCCCCCGCUGGCCGGCUCACUGAAGGAGCCCUUCGAGAUCAAGGUGUACGAGAUCGACGACGUGCAGCGUCUGCAGAGGCACCGCCCGCCCCUGCGCGAGGGUGCGGCUGAGGGCCCGGUGUGCGUGAGUGCGAAGCUGCGGCUGGCAGAGCGCAGGCAGCAGCGGCUGCGGGAGGUGCAGGCCAGGCAUGACCGCCUGUGCGAGGAGCUGGCUGAGACCCAGGGCCGGCUGAUGGUGGAGCCCGGCCGCUGGCUGGAGCAGUUUGAGGUGGACCCGGAACUGGAGCCCGAGUCCGCCGAGUACCUGGCAGCGCUGGAGCGAGCCACGGCCGCUCUGGAGCAGUGCGUGAACCUGUGCAAGGCCCACGUCAUGAUGGUCACCUGCUUUGACAUCAGUGUCACCACCACCACCACCAUCUCGGGGCCACAGGAGGUGGACGUCUGA